AUGUCUUCCGGGAACAACAACGGACACUCGUCCAAAAACUGGGACGAGGUGCUCAAGCACGGCUCCGCUCUCAGCAUCAUCAAGCCCGAUGUUGCCUUUCCCUACGGCGGAAGCUCUAGCUCGGGCAGCACUUCCGGCUCCACUUCUGGCGGUGCAUCAGGUGGUAGCUCAUACCCUUCUGGCGGUAGCGCCCUGAGGACGCGCCUGGAGACAUGCACCCUCAAGGAGGACAAGGUGAAGGUCUUCAAGGAGCGAGCGAAGCUUGCCCAUGGAGACUGA